GGUAAUGGAGAAUGCAAUUCAGCGUGAGUUACAAUAUAAACAGAAGAUUGCUAAUUUAUUUCCAGAUAAUCAUGAUGCUAUUGAUGUUCUUCCCUUGGAGGUAAAACGAUGGAAAGCUUUGAUUUCGAAGAGAAACAUAUCCACUAAUGGAAGAACAGAUUGCAGCCAAACAACAACAACCUGUAAAUAUGAAUCUGAUGAAGAAAUUAAUGCUAGAGGUAUCAUCGUCAAGAGUAUGACAUCGCCACCACGUCCAUCAUUAAGCCCUACGUAUACUUACUCACGUAGGAAGAAAAAUGCAGAGUCCAGUAACUCUGGCUUUGUGUCACUUCAACAGCAGCAUACAACAAACGUAAUGCACUACUGUAAAGACUGUGAAGUUUUCUGCUCUGGAGAUCUAUGUUACGAGCAACACUUGAGAGGUAACAAGCACAAGGUAAAACUGCAAUGCCGAGGUUAUUCAAGUGUCAACGGGAAAAACAAGCAAGUUAUAAGAUGUGACUUGUGUGAAAUUUACUGCCAGGAUGAAACUUUAUUAAAGAUGCACCUUAAAGGUCAGAAACACAAGGCUAAACAACUAGAGAUGGAACACGGAAAGAAGAUCAAAGAUGAGAAAGGGAAGCUAUUGUGGUGUGAAUUAUGUCAAGUUCCAUGCAUGAAUGAAGAUAAUUUCACAUCACACCGCAAUGGGAAAAAGCACCGGAGACAACUGUGUGUUCUUGAGGAGCUGAAGAAAGCUGAACCUCGAGGACUCUAUCAUGCCUAAUUUUGAAUCCACACAACAGAAC